AUGGUUGCUACCGAUAGAUUAAAUCAAACUUCCAAUAUUUUACAUAAAUCAAUGAAGAGAACAUCAAGUAUAGCGCAUUUAACUGCUCUUGAUCAUCCUUUUAAAGUUUGUGUCAUUGGUUCAGGUAAUUGGGGUACUACUAUUGCUAAAGUUGUCUCUGAAAAUGCUGCUUUAAAUCCUCAACUUUUUGCUUCUGAAGUAAGAAUGUGGGUCUUUGAAGAACAAAUUGAUGGUAAAAAUUUAACUGAAAUUAUAAAUACAGAUCAUGAAAAUGUUAAAUAUUUACCAAAUAUUAAAUUACCUGUUAAUUUAGUUGCUCAUCCAUCUUUAUUAGAUACUGUUAAGGAUGCUGAUAUUAUUAUUUUUAACAUUCCUCAUCAAUUUUUAGGUAGAAUUGUUCAACAAUUAAAAGGUCACGUUGAUUCACAUGUUCGUGCAAUUUCUUGUUUAAAGGGUUUUGAAGUUGGUGCAAAAGGUGUACAAUUAUUAUCUACAUAUGUUACUGAUGAAUUAGGAAUUGAAUGUGGUGCUUUAUCAGGUGCCAACAUUGCUACUGAAGUCGCCAAAGAAAAUUGGUCAGAAACCACUGUUGCUUACCAUAUUCCUGAAGAUUUCAGAGGUGAAGGUUACGAUGUCGAUCAUAAAGUUCUAAAAGCUUUAUUCCAUAGACCUUACUUCCAUGUUAGUGUCAUUGAAGAUGUCGCUGGUAUUUCUGUCGCUGGUGCUUUAAAGAAUGUUGUAGCUUUGGGUUGUGGUUUCGUUGAAGGUCUAGGUUGGGGUAACAAUGCUUCUGCUGCUAUUCAAAGAGUCGGCCUUGGUGAAAUCAUUAAAUUUGGCCAAAUGUUCUUCCCAGAAUCCCGUGUUGAAACUUACUAUCAAGAAUCUGCAGGUGUUGCUGAUUUAAUUACAACUUGUGCAGGUGGUAGAAAUGUCAAGGUUGCCAAGUUAAUGGCUGAAAGUGGUAUGAGCGCUUUAGAUGCCGAAAAGAAAUUAUUAAACGGUCAAUCUGCUCAAGGUAUCAUUACUUGUAAAGAAGUUCAUGAAUGGUUAGAAACCUGUAAUUCUAUUUCUGAAUUUCCAUUAUUUGAAGCUGUUUAUCAAAUUAUUUACAAUAACUUACCAAUGGAAAAUAUACCGGACAUGAUCGAUGAAUUAGAAGUCUUCCGUUAG